AGUCGCGCUCACUGUUUUGAAAUCGGCAGCCCGCGUGUUUCCAGCGCCUUCCCACGCCAAGGCACGCCGCGGCCUAGUUUCUGGGGACCCCCACCCCCCCGCUGGCCCCCACUCGGGGGCCUGGGGCCGCGGACACGCCAUGUCCACCCCUCCGUUGGCGGCGUCCGGCAUGGCGCCGGGGCCCUUUGCCGGGCCUCAGGCGCAGCAGGCCGCCCGGGAGGUCAACACGGCGUCGCUCUGUCGCAUAGGGCAGGAGACGGUCCAGGACAUCGUGUACCGCACCAUGGAGAUCUUCCAGCUCCUGAGGAACAUGCAGCUCCCAAAUGGUGUCACUUACCAUACUGGAACGUAUCAGGACCGGUUAACAAAGCUCCAGGAUCAUCUUCGCCAACUCUCUAUUCUGUUCAGGAAGCUGAGGUUGGUCUAUGACAAAUGUAAUGAAAACUGUGGAGGAAUGGACCCCAUUCCAGUAGAGCAACUUAUUCCGUAUGUGGAAGAAGAUGGCUCAAAGAAUGAUGAUCGUGCUGGCCCACCUCGUUUUGCUAGUGAAGAGAGACGAGAAAUUGCUGAAGUAAAUAAAAAACUCAAACAGAAGAAUCAACAGCUGAAGCAAAUUAUGGAUCAAUUACGAAAUCUCAUCUGGGAUAUAAAUGCCAUGUUGGCAAUGAGAAACUAGACUGGUAUUUAAAUUCCCAGCUCUGCACAUGUUAUAUCACUGGGAUUUUUUAUUUUCAUUGUUUUGGUUUUUUUUUUCUUUUUUUGUCCAAGUUGUUGGGUUGUUUUUUUUCUCCCUGUGAAAGGACUAUUUAUCUGCUCUAUUUUGAUUGCUUGAACUCAAGUUUCUAUUUUUACAUUGUAAUUUUUCAUUAAAGUAACCAAUUUUUUUUAAAAAUUGUUGAUUCUACAAAAGAUCAUUGUAAUAAAAUUUAAUAGAGUUGUGUUUUGGUUAAUUCCAUGAAUUGAAUAAUUGUUUUUUAAAAGCAAAAUAAAGUUUUGUAAAUAAUUUCUUAAAUUGUCCAGUCC